AUGACUACCGCUCACCGACCUACCUUUGACCCGGCGCAAGGCAAAGAAGCCCUUCGCGGCCCGGCUUACCACCAGCGACUUCUGCCUGCGCAUAAACAUCUGAAAGUUCGGCAACCUGGACAAGGCGGCGACGCCGACCCAUCGCCCCGUGACCUUCGCGCCGAGCUUCUCCAGGCUGAAGCAGCACACUUUGCCAAGAAGAAUGGCAUUCCAGUCGAUCAGCCGACUAUCGCCGACUCAGUCCCCAAGCGACAGCUCGAAGCUGCACCCCAGGAUGGAACCGAUGGCGACAUCCAGGAAGAAGACCCAGAGGCCAAGCGCCGGCGCAUAUUGGAGGAGACGCGCGACAUAGACGCCGAUUCAGAUGCCUCAGAAGAAGACAGCAGUGAUGAGGAUAGCGACGAGGAAGAUGAAGCAGCCGAGUUAAUGCGCGAGCUUGAAAAGAUCAAGAAAGAGAGAUUAGAGCAAAAGGAGAAAGAGGAGCGUGAACGGGCAGCAGAGGAAGAGGAGAAACGAGAGGUAGACAUUGCACGCGGCAAUCCUCUAUUGAAUUCCCAAGAUUUCAACAUGAAGCGACGCUGGGAUGACGAUGUCGUAUUCAAGAAUCAGGCUCGAGGCACUGAGAACAGAGAUGGCAAGGAAUUUGUCAACGACCUCCUUCGUUCUGACUUCCACAAACGUUUCAUGGUAUGUCCUGUAUUCACUACUCUUGAUAUACAUUCACUGACC